AUGAUCGAGGUGUCUGAGGCUGCUGGCUCAGCUGCGUUGCGGAAGGAUAAACAUGUUCAGCUAUGUCACACGAGGGUAACGGAGGUACCUACAGACCGGAAUCCGAUGAGGCGGCUUGCUGGAGGAGGCAGAGCGAGCGAGCCCAUGAAGCACCCAGGGGAGCGAAAUUGGAAGAUCAGUCGCCUUCUGCACAUCAUCCCAAACAGCUUCGAAAUUUGUGAUCACAUCCAGGAGAUCACAAAUUCUACUUCAAGUCUAAGCAGUCGCCCCUGGUCCAACGAAAAAAAAGCGCAAUCUCAUCAGGGAGGAACGAUAUCUGAUAGACAAGAGAUUCUACAAGGGGAUACGAAGCAAGGGGAUGUUCAGCGAUUCAUAAACGCGUUCCGUCCACAGAAUCAGGAGGAGGCACUUCUCUGUCGCUAA